AUGCUUAAUAAUCUAAUAACAUUCAUUUUUCAGCACAAUGUUGUUGGCCUAAAAAUCAGCAUAGUAACUGUUACUUCUGUUUUCUCCCAUUCUACUGUUACGAGGGUAAAUACUGCUAUAUCCCUCCAACACGACCACCAACAACAACACCCGAGCCUACACGUUGUGAGAAUGAUUAUGGCUGUCCAUCUGGAUAUAAGUGCGACAACAAAAUUUGUGUUCCUAUUCCAACGACUACAACAUUAAAGCCAACCCUGCCUAAGCCAAGCAUGCCAAUACCUUUAA